AUGUCGGCAGAAGAGGACAAAAAUACGUAUUCUGACUGUAGUAAUAUAAUGAGGCAAAAACCGAAUAUGAAAGUUACUGAAGAGAUAGCUAGAAAAAUUGGCGCCAACUAUAGAACUCUGCCGGCGUUCGAAAAAGGACUAUUCGACUAUGUUCACAUUAAGCAUUAUUCCCUUGAAGAGAACAAGUACCUGCAGUGCAAGUGGCUUGAGUACAAGAAGAAUUUCGAAACGAGAACCUUUAAGCCCUUCCAGUUUCCCAGUCAUAGGGAUCUGCACUUCCGCAAUGGAUGCAUUCGAUUUCUGCCAUCGGAGUCGAUACAUCGUCAUACCGAAUAUCGAAUGAAAUUAAAACCGGGACCUGGCGUCGAUAUAUAUGGUCAAAUGCCAAUACCUCAGGAGCUGCUAAUGAAGCGCGGCAAAGUUGAAAAAGAUGCCGUAAAUACGACGAGGGAAAGGAAAAAUAAGAAAAAUAAUUAA